AUGAAUGUCAGGGCACCAACUUCGUUUGAUUGUUUAAGAACUGUCAAUGGUCAAAUCACUUCAUCUUUUCGUGAUGCUGCUGAGAAACUAGGAUUACUUGCAGGAGAUUUCAUUGUUGAAAAAUCGUUGAAUGAAGCAGUAUUAUUCCAAAUGCCUUCAAGACGUGUUACUAAUGAAAUUUUACAUGGAAAGAACCUUCCAAUUUCUGAGGCAGAUCUUUUAGCUAUUCACAAACUUAAUGCUUGCCAGCGAGCAGCUUUCAAAACUAUAACAGAUGCUGUUUUAGGUAAUAAACCUAGUGCAUUUUUUGUUGAUGGCCCUGGUGGUACAGGAAAAACAUUCUUAUAUCGCUGUUUACUAGCAUUUGUACGUUCUAAAGGCUUGAUCGCCCUUGCAACUGCAACUUCUGGCAUAGCUGCAUCUAUACUACCUGGCGGUCGCACAGCACAUUCUCGCUUCAAGCUCCCACUUGAUGGCACUGAUAAGUAUGUAUGUAAUAUAGGUAAACAUACUGCUGAUGCGAGUUUACUUCGCCAUAGUAAAUUGAUUCUUUGGGAUGAAGCAUCCAUGGCACAUAGGAAUAUAGUUGAGAGCCUUGAUAUAACACUUAAAGAUAUAAUGGAUUGUCAAGAUUUAUUUGGGGGAAAAGUCAUUGUAUUUGGAGGAGAUUUUAGGCAAACAUUACCAGUUGUAAGACAUGGAAAGAAGGAAGAUUUCAUUGCAGUAUCUUUGGUUAAGUCAACUUCUAUAUGGCUGCACAUUUGUCGUUUGACUUUAGUUGAGAACAUGCGUGCACAGGUUGAUCCUACAUUUGCAAGUUACUUGAUGAAGAUAGGUAAUGGCACAGAACCUGCUAUUUACCAAAACAAAAUAAAAGUUCCUUCUCAAUUUCUUGUACAAAAAUGUGGAUCAAAGUCUUCGUUAUAUGCAUCAUCAAUUUAG